CCUCCCAUUCGCCGCCCUCGCCCGUCCGCCCUCUCUUAUUCGCCGUCCCUCGCAGCCGCCAGAGCCUUCCGCCCCUGCCUUUUCAAUGAUCGACACGCUCCCGGUCGACAUCUCCUCUUCCUUCUCCGACUCCCUCAGCUCCUACAACGUCCACCAGCUUCAGUUUGCCCUCUCACAGCAGACAAAGUCACCCGAGACAGAGCCGCUGUCGUUCGACGCACGUCUCCUGCCGCACCCCGCCGAGAUCGACUACGACUCCCGCCGGAUGUCGAGCUCUGCCACCUCGGACAGCAGCCUCCACUCCCGCCCAGACAAGCGCGCCGCGACUCCCGAGCACUCUCCCGCCCCGAAACGCUCCCGCCCGGCGGUGGACUCGCCCUGGUCUGAUCCGGCCACGCCAGACGUCGCGCCGGACGCGGACGGACCCAACGCCGACCUCGACUCUUCGCGCGUCCAGCUCCCGUCGCUCGCCUCCGCCUUCACCGACCGCCACGACCACCGCCGCGCCUCGCUCCCCACCCUCUACGCCGACAACGCCUCCGCCCGCCCCCGGCUCCCGUACCCCAUCCACCGCACCACCCAGUCCUCGUCCGGCCUCUCCUCGUAUCAGUUCCCCGGCUCCGACCAGUCUGCCGACGCCGACACCAAGCCGGCCCGGCCCCGCCUCGAGACGGACACCCAGGUCGGCGUGUACCCCGGCCCAGUGAGCGAUAACCUCUCGUCGCUCUCAAGCGCCGCGCUCUCGUCCGGCACCUCUUCCUCGUUUGGCUACUCGCCGCUCUCGUCCUCCGAGUUCUCCACCUCCAGCAGCCGUCCCACUCUCUCCCCCUCUGGCCUCUCUGACCAGGAUUCCUGGGCCGCCGCCUCCAUCGCACGUCCAAACUCGACUCCAGGCUCGACGCACAAGUACGACGACUCCCUGCGGCAUCAGUCGAUGUACGGCGGCGUCCAGCGCAUCUCAGGACAGUCGGAUCGUUCCCCCGUCCCACGCCUCAACCCUCAGGACGGCAACGCACUUGCUUCGAUCAAGACCGAGAACGGCUGGACGUUCCCCACCACGACUCCCGACUUCAACAUGAGCCCCUCAAGCUCCGCCUCGGCCCUGACUGCGGGCGCCGGACCCGGUUCCAAUCCCGCCAUUAACGUAACCAAUUCCCCAUCCCGCUCGCCACAGGCCGCCCCUGCCCCGAAUCCGUCCGGGCUGGUCGAUAGACCACCGCAGCGGAAACGCGGCAAGCUGCCCAAGCCUGUCACCGACUUCCUCAAAGACUGGCUGCACAGGCAUAGCGAUCAUCCCUAUCCGUCCGAGGAGGAGAAAAAGCAGCUGUGCCAUGCAACCGGGUUGAGCAUGAGUCAGGUUAGCAACUGGAUGAUCAAUGCUCGCCGACGCAUCCUUGCGCCUGCGCGGCACAGCACUGCGGGUCCCACCACCACGACGCCCUUCGCGACCCGUGCGGGCCCCGUGGGCAUGGGCAUGCCCAUGUCCGGUAUGGGUGGUCUUGGCGCGCCCUCCGCCCUCGAUGCCAGUCGUCGCAUGAGCGUCGACUCGCUCCAGCUCUACUAUCCGAUGUCUUUGCAGUCGCUCGGGCACGAUCCUCAUGGCCACCACCUCUCCCACUCUAGCACGCGACAUAUGGUGGGCAUGACUCGCUCGCUCUCAUCCAGUCAUGCGACUGCGGGGAACUUGAGCGGCCUUGGCCACCACGGGCACGGGCACAGCCCAUACGCGCUAUCCGACGCGUCGUACGCGCAAGGACGGCUUUCCUACGGAGGCAGCGGCGGCCACACCCUUCACCCUUCGGCGCAUUCGUCACAUGCCAGCAGCGGCGGAUUCUUCGGGAGCGGCGGUAGCGGCGGAUUUCUCGGGCCCCAAAGCUCAAUGUACAGCGGAGGCGGAGGGUACGCCCAGAGUGGGAGCCACCACGCGCCUCAGGGCGGCAGUCCAGGAGCGCGGGUGCUGACGCCGGGCACGGACGACUCUGUGCAGACAGGCUACCGUUUCCCUGAACACUCUGCCUCGCCGGGACCGCAACCAGGCUCAGGGUACGCGACGCCACAAUGAGAUGGGGGAGUUACAUGACCCUGUGCUCUGCUCAUUGGCGAUGGCGACGAGGGGACGAACGUGGUUUGCCGUGGGCGAGUCGCGCGAGCGCGCGCUUAGGAGCUAAGCGGACUUGUUUGAUUGGACAAUGACGAUCAAAGUAGCGUAAGAUUCAGUCGUUAAUUCGCCUCCCAAGUUCCCCGCCUUUGGAUGCUUGGGCUCCCCAGCGGUUACGCUCCCAGCACCAGGGCUCCUCGGCCUCUCACCGUCCCUCCUCCCGCCCUUUCCCCCGCUCCACCUUCCGUCCGUCAUCACCAAGCUCACCUCUUGCGCUUGGCCCGCUCGACCUCUCCGUCCUGGCCGACUGCGCUCUCCGCUGCAGGACAGCGCUCAUGUCUGGACGUUCUGUACAUAAUCUCGCAACUCGCAAAAUGUCGUGUGUUGUACAAGCACACCUUCUUGGUCGGUCUCGUUUCUAUCUGCUGUCGAUGUUUCCUCCUCCAUCUCUCAUCCUCGUCUCAUCACACUCUGUGCUACUACCCAUCCCGUUGUAUGUGUGCUUGUCGCUCCCUGGCCCUACCGGCCUGUUCUGAUACCAUACCCACCAUUCCCCCGUCACCCCAUCUAUCGCAUCCCCCUUACCCUCGGGUCUCAUCUUUCUCCCCC